GUCUCGACCGUUCCGAACUCCAAAGCCAACCACAAAGCUUCUUUAGUCUGGAUCGGGAACUUAAACAUAAAUUAUUCCCGAGAAUCUCCAAUUCCACUAGGGCUAGGGUUUCGAUAUCUCUCUUGAAAUCCGAUUUCACGCUCCUGUCUUUAAUCCUCAAUUAGGGUUGGGGGUUUAAGAGCUGAUAAAUAUGUAUGCUGAUCGGGUAGAGUCUGGAGGCAGGGGAUCAAUAAAGGAUCGUCUCAAUGGAACUUCCUUCGACAACCCCACUCGUCGGCGCCCAAUCACCGGCAAGAGGCAAAGGCAAGAUGACAAGUGGGAACAUGAUCUUUAUGAUGAUGAACCUCACAUUUCAAAUCGGAAAGUCGGCGCUCGAGAUCUUCGUCAGAAGCUCCAGAGGAAAAGUCUUCAACAGGUGUCACAAAGUGGAAAAGGGUCUGUUCCAGGUGUACGGGAUUUGCGUGAAAAGCUAUCAGGUACAAUGAAUCUGCAACCAGAGAGUGCCGGUUCACGAAAACAAAAAAUGGAGGCUGCUAAACCAGCUAGGAAAAGUGUUGCUGCUGAGGCUGCUGAACCAGAGAUUAAAAAAGUUGCAAAUCCGACUACUAAAAAGAAGUCUCAGCAAAAGGCUGAAACAUCAUUGGAUCAGUUUUUGCUCUCAUUGGAUCUUGAGAAAUAUUCGAUUACUUUUCAGGCCGAGGAAGUAGACAUGACAACCCUUGUACACAUGACUGAUGAGGACCUCAAGGCUUUAGGGAUACCAAUGGGCCCGAGGAAGAAGAUACUUCUAGCGCUGGAAUCUAGAGCCUAACAUGUAAGACAGUGCUCAAUCAUUUUGCGUAUAUGUUGGUGUCGCGGGGUUGUAUUAUUGUUUGAGAAUCCUCAAAAUUAUUUUGCCUGCAUUUAGCUGGUUGGGCGAGCCUUUUUAUUUUCCUGUUCUUUUUUUUUUUUGUUUUGAUUUCCCUUUCUUCAGUUCUGUAGCUUGAAUCUAAUUAUUAUUUAUCUUAAAGCAAUGUGAAAUACUGAAAUGUGAGCUUGGGGAA